CGCGGCGAGUUUGAGUUGCCAUAGCGCGGUGCAGCUGACGGCGGUGACUCGUUACGCGAAUAACAAACUUCUGUUGCUCACAGUAUACACACCCAGUGUUGUUUUAUUUCCUCUGUUCCCGUUGGAUUUUUACACCAUUUUCCCGUUUCUGUCGGUAAUGUCACGGGGUUAGAAUAGUUGGCUAACCUUUUGGUUAGCUAGCUAACGUGAACAGUAGUUUCCACUUGUUGCUAGCUGGGAGAGCAUCACAACAAUGAGCCGCACUGUGAUUUACAGGGAAGAGGAGAGUCUGGACUGUUGUGUUGUGAUGGGCAGGUAGCUGUCUUUCCCACGGCUUGUAAAGCCUUUUGUCGUCGUUAAACCCGCCCUGUCCAAAACUAUGGAUACAUCCAGCGAGUCGGAUUCGUACGACCUGACGUACGAGGGGCACAGACCCCGGGGGCGUGAAGCCCACCGCAGACCUGGUCGGGACAGGGGCAGUGGGAGUGAUGGUAGAGCAGUAGACAUCAGCGAGAAGAUCAGCACACUGGCAAAUACUUUACAGGACACCAGCAGGAACUUGACCAAAGUGGACCGGAUGCUGGGUCAGUACAGGGACCAUACAGACGAUCAAGCUGAAGCCAUGGCAGUGCUCAGGGACAACCUGGAGGAGUCAAUAAGUCAACUGCAGACACAGAGGCUGAGCAGAUCCAAUGGGGCCCGAAGUGCUUCUGCUUCUGCUUCAGCCUCCACCCUGCAAACAAGUGACCUGGAGGCCUGCUCGGGAUCAGAGGGCCAGCGUUUCUAUCCUACUUCUCCUCUGAGGGACUAUACAAGCACUCCAAGAAGAACGAGGCGGUCACAGUCUGCCAGUGUGCGCUUCAGAGAAGCCAACCUGACAGGAGAGGAUAUUCACACAAUGCACCAAUCCUUGAGGGAUCUGCGCAGUGACCAGCAGAGACUGUCUGAAGACCUGGAUCGAGAAAUCCUCCAGAGAAAUAGGUCUGAUAUUGACACCAGACGAGCGAUGGAGGGUCUCACAGGGCACUUGACAACAUCCCAGAGACAGGCCUCAGUGAUGUCUCGUGUGGAGCGGCGUCUGCAGGAGCUGGAUAGAGGGAUGCACACUGAGGAGAGAGAGAGGAGGAACGACCACCGGGCGGCCGUGCCUGAUGAGGUGCAGCAGACUUCAGGAAGACGUAAAGUUCAAGGCCAUGAGAGAGAGGAGGUCAUGACGGAUAGGUUCCUAAAGACAGAGAGGGAGAAGUUCAAGAUGGAUCAGGAACUGGAGAGGGCUAGACGACUUCUUGAACAGUCGGAGGAGAGCAGAGAGUCCCUUGUUCAACAGGUGUGUUUGUGUCUGUACAGAAUUUACCCAAUUGUAUAUUUAGAUGUUCAGUUAACCUCAGGAGACAAAGCAAUAAUCAGCGCAGCCACUUCUAAGAGCACUUCAGAGCCAUUUUGCCCGCCCUCAGACAGUGUGAUGUCUUUCUUUGUGUCUGCUUACUCGGCUGAUGGUCCCCAGGUGGAGGAUAUGCACGGUGAGCUGCUGAGGACAAGGAAGGAGAAGAAUGAGCUGCAGAGGGCUCGGCUGGAGACGUUUCAGCCCGCUGCUCGGCCACAUGGCAGCCACACUGACAGGGAGGAGGGAAGAGGUGGACAGGGAGGCUCAGAUCGUCUGAGCCUGGAAAAGGAAGUAGCAGAGCUGAGAGUCCAGCUCAGCAAGGCCUCAGUCCUCAGUGAGGUUGAAGAACUGAAAAGGGCUCUGGAUCGCAAUGAGAGGGAGAGAGUCCAACUAAGCUCACAGGUGGAGGAAUUGUCGUCAGACCUGGCGCGGCGGGAGCAACAGCAGCAACGAAUGCUUGAACAGUUGAGGGACAUACAGAGCCGAGGGCAGGCGGAGAGGAGGGAGACAGAGGCAUUACUACAGGAAAGCACGAGGAGCAGAGAUGAGUUGAAGACCAGAGCCCAAGAGGCUGUGCGCCAGUGGAGGGCAAAGUGCAGGAGACUGCAGAAGGAGCUGGAGGAGGAGAGAGCCCAGGCUCAAUUUCAUACUGACAAGGCCUCGCAGGCAACCAGAGAAAAGGAGAGCUCUCAGGCCCAGCUCAAGGCGCUGAGCCAGCAGACUGAGGCGGCCCACAGGGAGCUCGCUGAAAUCUUAGGCCGUUUGGCUCAGAGAGAAGAAGAACACCACCGCAAGGACGUAGAGCUGUCUGAGACCCACCAGCGCCAGUUGUCACUGGAGCAGGAAAUUCGGGAGGUGAGGGAGGCCUCAGCUGCCCUGGAGGAGGAGACUCGUCGCCAGGCUGUGGUCCAGUCCAGACUGAAAGAAGAGAACCAGAGGCUGGAAGAAAGAGCUGACACACAAGCCCGUCGUUGUCAAAGAGACCAGGACGCACACGCCGAGCUCCAGGCCGCCCUUAAGCAGAUGACCUCAGCCCAUGCACAGCUAGCACAGCGGCUAGCAGAGGGAGAAAGUGUCAAGAAGGAGCUCCAGAAGAGUGCUUUAGAGCUACAGGCCAAGCUGAAGGCAAUACAAGAGGAGCGCGCUGCUCUGGGUCAGCAGCUGCAUCUCGAGAGAGAUGUGCAUCAGAAAGAACUGGACAGUGUGAAGAAGAUGAUGGAGGACAGCAGGAUGAAGAAGGACAGAGAGGUGCAGGACUUACUCAAACUCUGCCAUCAGGAGCGUGAAGAAAUGCAAGCACAUCUAGAUGAGGUUAAGGCAGAUGCAGCGUCAGACAAGGAGCUGUGUCGAGCACUGCGCAUCAACUUGGACAGGAUGAAGGAUGAGUGUGAUAAGCUGGCAGCUCAGCUGAGCACAAAAGACGAGGCACAUGCACUUCUCCAGAGAAAGUACCAGCUACUCAAACAGGAACUGGAUGACAAAGUCAGGUCAGGUGAGCGCAGACGGGCUUCAGAGUCCGAGCUUGUUAAGGUGGAGGAGAAGGUGUUGCAGUUGGAGGCAGAGAGAGAAGCAGUCCUUACCUCUCUGGGGAUGGAGCUCGAUACGGCUUGCCGCAACCUGGCAAGGAACGGUGAAGACAAACUACAGGCCAUCUCCCAGAAACCUGGAUUAGUGAAAGACCCUCACCGCUGGCUGGCUGAGACAAAGACAAAGCUACGCUGGCUGUGUGAGGAGGUGCGCGAGUGCAACACCAGAGAACAGCGCCAAAGGAAGCAGCAUCAGCAGACCAGGGAUCAGUUCAAGGCCCUGAGGCAGAGCCGGGACUCGGAGCAGGCGGCUCUCCAGCUGCGCCUGGACCAACAGGAGAAGCUGCUGCACUCCCUCAGCACUGAAAAGAGAGAGCUGUUAGUGAAGAGUCGCAGGAAGGAGGAAGACAUGAGAAGCCUUCAGGAUCGUGUUUUGGAUCUGGAGUCGAACACAAGAGUAGCCCUGGAUCACUUGGAGUCACUUCCAGAGAAACCAUGUCUGAUGGAGAACUUCAAAGAUUUGGAGGAGUCACAGCGACAGAGGGAGAUCGUUGAGGAGCGCCACACCAAAUACAGAGAGAUCGUGUGGGACCUUCAGCACCAGCUGGACGAGUCCAAAAGAAGAAUCCAGGACUACAGAGACGAGAAGCUUGACGCCACCUCCAGGAGCCUGAGACUGGCUGCUCUUUCUUCCUCCAUCAAAGACCCCAGCACAUUCCUGAGCAGCACCCUGACAUCUGACACACGGUCUCCUCACAAACACCUUACCAGUUCAGACCUGGAUGAUUCCUUUGUCACUGGGGCCAAAUCCCUCACAGAUUAAAUCAACCUGGAGUGAACCUUUUUAUCUGUUUCUCUACAAACACACGGUGCUAACAGCUGAAUCAACCUGCCUGGUGCUGAUACAGAACAAAGAACAAGCUGACUGUACCCUCAAGUCCUCACACUCAAAUCCUCCUUGACUACCUUGACCAGGAAGUCACUUCAAACUUUGAGCAAUACAAGUGUGGACACUGUGAAGGAUGUUAUUGUUUAUUUAAAGUUACUUUAAUUGAAUGUAUUUAAUAGAUUUGAAAACUGUUCAAACCAAAAGUUUUCGUGUUACAUUUCUUGCCAUUGUUCCAACAUUUUAAAGUUCUUUGUUGCAGCAGCUCUUUGAAACAUUGUUUACCCAAUAACAUGCCUGUAUUUUUAUUAUCAUGUCAAUGUGCUAAGAGGAUUCAAAACAACUCCACACUUAACAAAACACUGGUGCCUUUUUAACAAUAUGCAAUUUCAUCAUGAAGAUGUGACAAAUCGGUUUUUUUUUCCAUGUUUUACAACCUCUUUUACAUGUACCGACUGAUUUUCUAAAUGACUUUUUCUGGUUUUUGUUCCAUGCAGUAUAUAUUUGUACAAAGAAAUAACCACAAAUAGUCUAUUUUUAUGAAAUGCAGAGGAAGUAUAUGCACUAUGAAUAAACCUCCAUGCAUCUAAA